AUGGUCUACGCCUUCGCUCUCCCAACAACCUCCCAUCUCUCCUUCCAGACCUUCCUCACCUCGAGCACCCAUCCUUCUCUUCCCCAGUCUGCCUCUACAGCGCGCCAUGCCCUCCGUCUUGCCCUCAAAGCGCACAAACGCCUACCCCGCGGGCCGCAGCAGGACACUCACCUCCCCGCGAUUCUCGCCGCACUGAACGAUUACCUCCCUUAUCUAUUUGCAAUAUCACACGGUCUGAGUGGGAAACCUACAGAGCAUGCAGGCGAAGAGAUCGAAAUCACCCUCCACGCCGAAGUCGAGGCUGAAUGGCGCGCUACGCUGACCUCUUCCACUUCACUAUCAUCGCUGAAGGGCAUCGCAGGAGCGGCAUCAACACAACUUAAGAACGGCCGGAUUCGUGGACGUGGAAUCGAUUUUGAAAUUGCCUUUACUCUUACGACACUGGGGUAUGUGUUGAGCGGGUUGGCACGAUCCGGUCUUCUGUCGACAUUUUACGCCAUCAGGACUCCCACGGCUGAGCAGCGCACUACCGCCGUUCAAACAGCUACAAGAUACAUGCUGCAAGCGAGUGCGGUGCAUUCUCGUCUGGCAUCUUCUCCAUCGUUUGCUGGCGUUGCAGUUGCUUCUUCUGGACGGACUAAUGUUGCCAUUCCGGACCUGGAUCCGGCAACGCAGUCAGCUCUCUCAUCUCUCGCCUUAGCGGAAGCUACGCUUUUGGCCGUGUUGAAGGAUGAUGUCUAUCUAGCCACUUGUAUCCAGGCGCGUAAUCCCCAUGACAAGGAUUGGAUGGUUGGUACGUCGGAUGUGCCCAAGGUGCGGGCGUUGUUGUUCGCGCGACUGUGCGUCAGGGCGGCGGAGUAUGCAGAACAGGCUGCUGCUGGACUAGGCUCUGUGGGCGCGGAAGGGAGGAAUGGCUCUGUCGACGAUGAUCUCGUGAAAUAUGCCGGGGUUCUUGGUCGCGUUUCGCGGGCAAAAGCUUGUCGUUUUUUCGGGAUAGAUUCGGAACUCGCAGACAAGAUUGGAGAUGGAAUCGCAUGGCUCAGAGCUGCUAAGGGGGUGCUGGCAUUACGGAGUUCUACGUUAGGAGAGGAAGGGGAGGCGUAUGCGACCAAGAACAAGGGACUGGGUGGGUUUUCGAGAUGGAAGAAGGAGUGGACGGAACGACGGGAGGAGAGAAAGAUGGAGAAAGAUGCCGGUGGGAAAGGUGACACGUACAAAGGUGAGCUUGAUCCGGGAGAUAAUGCUGGACGAGAGGAGGAGGGGCGAGUCAUCGAGAUGUUGGAGACGAAAUGGGUGAAGAUGAACGAUACGAUAAAUACUCAACGAAUUCCCCAGUCUACAAAUCUUCUCUCAAGUCUUCCGUCGGGCCGAGAUAUCCACACCCCUCCUGCCCCAUACAAGCCCCCAUCCCUGGAUGAGGAACAGCUUAUUCACAUGCGUGCUCCUCCGGAAGAUGACGAGCCUUUGCCGGGCAGCGAUGGGGAGGAUAGUGAUGAGGAGAGAACCAGGGUUGGGAGUUAUGGGGGGACGUUCGCUGGAGAGGGCAGCGGCAGCGCUUAUUACUGAUUGACCAAGACAUUUCAUAGCAGUUGCGAUCAGAUACCCACGUAUGUUUGGCCUAUAAGCAACUUUUGGCUUUAGGGUUUGCGUUAGAGUGGCAUUCUUAUUUGACGUUUCCAGGCUUGAUCCAACAUAUCUAAUUUUCAUGUCAGAUCUAACGGAGUAGUUAAUGUAUCGAGACUAUUCAAAGGGUAUUCAAGGGGAAUGGCUGCGACAA